GGGCGAGCAGCACAGCGGCGCGGCCCCCUCCCGGCAUGUCCUCGGCGGCUGCCUCUCAGCCCUUACUUCGCGGUUCGGAGAAGAGUCGUGGCACAGCCCGGUUGCCUGAAGAUUACCACCCGGAGCAGCCCUUGCCUCCUUCCGGCCGAUUAACCGAAGCCUCCCAGGAGAGCGGCUCUGGGGAGGGGGCGCCGCAACACCAAGAGGACGACGACGACGAGGAGGAGGGCGGCGGCAGCAACAACAGUGCCGGUAACGACAACCAGGAGAAGUGUCAACGGGGAUUGCAACCGCGGCCGCCUCCCCCUCACGUGGCGGAAGCCCCUUUGCCUAAGGAGAACCCCUGGACCCGCUGGAAGCCUCCCCCGGCCUCUGGGAGUAGCUUGUCCCCUUCCAGCGCUUCCGCCGGCAGCGAACUGGCACCGCAGGACUCGGAAUUGCAGAUUUCUGCUAAAGUUAUCAGAGCAGGAAGAUUAAAGACAAAGAAAUCCAGCAAGGCAAAUAACUUCAGUGAUGCAGCAGACUGGCCAACACCGAGUGAAAUCGCAAAUUCUGAAUGUAAAAAUGUAAGUAAUCAAACUAGAAAAGCUCCAAUUAAGAAGGAGAAAGAAGAGAAGAAUGAAAGGAAGAGUAUUAGUAAAAUCAAGGAAAACCUGGAAAUAAAUCUAAAUAUUCCUGGAGACAAUGUUAGCGAAGAUGAGACUCAGAUUAACAAUCAAAGAAAAAAAGGUAACAAGCACAGAUGGGUGCCACUUCAUUUAGAUGAUGUGAAACCAGGUAACCAAGAUAGAUUAGGAACUCGAAACGGUUUGAGAUCUCAGCCAGAAACUAGCAAGCUUGUGCCUCCCAGUAGACGCACUGAAACAAGAACCGGCUGGCGACGAGAGAGGGAAAAACGAGAUGAUCAUGAUGAAGUUUCUAGUGUGAGAAGUGAAGUUGGCAGUGUUCGAGGAUUUUAUCGAGGAAGAGGGAGAGGGAGAGGACGAGGACGAGGACGUGGAAGAGGAAACCCUCGAAUAAGCAAUGAAUAUGCGUAUGGCUACCGAGAACAGUAUAGUGAAAGGACUGCUCAGCCAUUUCAACUGGAUCUUAACACUAGUAUGUUGUAUUACUACGAUGAUGGAACAGGAGUGCAGAUGUAUACUGUGGAUGAAACACUACUUAAAGAAUACAUUAAACGCCAAAUUGAGUAUUAUUUCAGUAUAGAAAACUUGGAAAGGGACUUCUUCUUGAGGAGAAAGAUGGACCAGCGAGGAUUCUUGCCGAUUUCUUUGAUUGCCAGCUUCCACCGAGUCCAGGCUCUUACUACAAAUGUUAACCUAAUAUUAGAGGCCUUAAAGGACAGUACAGAAGUAGAAAUUGUAGAUCAGAAGAUGAGGAAAAGGGUAGAGCCAGAAAAAUGGCCAAUUCCAGGACCUUCUUCAAGCAGUCUUCCACAAACUGACUUUUCCCAGCUUAUCAAUUGCCCGGAAUUUGUACCAGGCAAAGCAUUUGGUUCACAUACUGAAUCUGCACCAAGCUCUCCAAGAAUGGGAAGUCAGAGUACUAAGAAAAGCACUGAAACAAAUAGCCUUCAAACAAUGUGCAAAGGAUUAUCAACAAGUCUGCCAGAUCUGGACUCUGAACCAUGGAUAGAAGUAAAAAAAAGACAUCGUCCAUCCCCAGCCAAACCAAAGGAAUUGGUACCUACACUUGAGGAAAUGGUGCAGCAGCAGCCACUGCCUUCAGAAGAACAAGAACAGGAAGAACUUGAUUUUUUGUUUGAUGAAGAGAUGGAACAAAUAGACGGCAGAAAAAAUAAAUUCACAGAAUGGUCAGAUAGUGAUUCAGAUUAUGAAAUUGAUGAUCAGGACUUAAAUAAGAUUCUGAUUGUAACACAGACACCGCCAUAUAUGAGAAAACAUCCUGGAGGUGAUCGCACUGGUAACCAUGUUUCACGGGCAAAAAUUACAUCAGAACUUGCCAAAGUUAUUAAUGAUGGUUUAUACUAUUAUGAACAGGAUUUGUGGAUGGAGCAGACAGAAAAUGACUGUGUUGCUAUGAAGCAAGAAGUUGAAAACUUUAAGAAAUUAAAUCUCAUUAGUAAAGAAGAAUUUGAGAGUCUUAUACCAGAGGCUGUAAUUGGUCCAGAUCAGGAAGUUCCUCCUAGUCCUUCAAGAUCUCAGCAAGAUGUAGCUGAAGAACUGGCUUGUAAAUUGUUUAGUGUCCAAGAAAUGGUAUCAACAACAAUGGCUCCCUUACUUCCAACAGCUAUGGCUUGUUCAUUACCAACAGCUGUUCCUGAAUCUCCUAGAAUCCACCCUGCCAGAACACCUAAAACGCCUCGUACACCGAGACUACAAGAUCCCAAUAAAACACCUAGAUUCUAUCCUGUAGUUAAAGAAGCAAGAUCUAUUGAUGUUAAGACACGACGGAAAAGAAAAACAAGACAUAGUACAAACCCUCCAUUAGAAAGUCAUGUUGGUUGGGUAAUGGAUUCUAAGGAUCACAGGCCAAGAACAUCUUCUGUAAGCAGUUCAAGUGCAUCACCAUUGGAAGGUGCUCCUCUGUCGGGAAGUUAUGGGUGUACCCCUAAUUCGCUUCCCAAAUUUCAGCAUCCAUCUCACGAGCUGCUGAAAGAAAAUGGAUUUACACAGCAAGUGUAUCACAAAUAUCGUCGCAGGUGCCUAAAUGAAAGGAAACGGUUGGGAAUUGGCCAGUCACAAGAAAUGAACACACUCUUCCGUUUCUGGUCCUUUUUCCUCAGAGACCACUUUAACAAGAAAAUGUAUGAAGAAUUCAAACAACUCGCUCUAGAUGAUGCAAAGGAACAUUAUAGAUAUGGUCUGGAAUGUUUGUUCCGGUUUUACAGCUAUGGUCUGGAAAAAAAAUUCAGGCAAGAAAUCUUCAAAGAUUUCCAAGAAGAAACAAAGAAAGAUUAUGAAUCUGGUCAGCUGUACGGACUCGAAAAAUUUUGGGCUUAUCUAAAGUAUUCACAGUCAAAAACUCCACCUAUUGAUCCAAAGCUUCAAGAAUAUCUUUGCAAUUUUAAAAGACUGGAAGACUUUAGGGUUGAUCCUCCUAUUAGUGAGGAAUCUGGGAGAAAGAGACACUCAACUGGUGAGGAAGGUGAUAAACAUCUAUCUGAUUCUUCCAAGAUCCUUGCUGGUAAUUCCACAUCUACUUCUCAGGCAUGGGUCCCAAUAAACUUUUCCACUGCAGAUACUGUACAGGAGUUGAAUGACAGCAUAUACCAGAACAGUACUGCCAGAAAAUCAAGAAGUGAUAUCCCUGACCAGGAGACUUUAAUUAAGCUUAAACCUUGAGAUCAGCUCCUAAUAUCAUUAUUUAACUCAAGGAUCUUCAGGGAGAGCUAUUUUGAAAGCUUGAUUAAAACAAAUGUAUAGGAGAACAAAGAAUUGGUUUUGCUUUUUCACAAGAUUAAGUCCAAAUACUUUCCCUUGAUUAAUUAUACUGGGUUUUGGACAUCAGGAAGUUUUAGUGUUGCUGUCCUUGUUUACAGAAGCUGCAUUCCAGUACUAUAUGCAAAAAUACUUUGGGAUGCCUUACAGCCCAGCUCAUGCUUCUUAAAGAAGUUAUGGUAUACUUAUGUAACUUAGAAAGUGCUUUUCUGCAUUCAAGUUUUCCACCAUCAUUUCUCCUUAUAUGAACUGAAAGAGAUGACAUUUUUUAAAGGAAAGAAAUUAUUUCAGUUGGUAAAUGCAUAUAUCACUGUCACUGUCUUGUUUUUAACAGUGCAUGUGCACUCCAUGCUGUGUAGGUUGUGCAUAUGUUGUGGGUACUAAAAUCAGUUUUGCUUUCUGGUUUUUCUCUGUCAGGUUUCUGUCAUUUUGGGUUGGGUUUUGAGUUAGGUAUCAUUCUGUUUGCUUUAAAGCAGUGCUUUCUUUUACGGAAGUUCUUGUAUUUAAGUGGAAAUAUAUGACUGAGGGAAAGGGGUAUCACUAUACAGUCAUAAGCCUGAUAAAUCUUAUAUCUAAAUUUAUGCUCAAAUAUAAAAUCAUUCUCUAGUGAGCAGAUAUAUUUGUAUUGUCUUGUUUAAUUUUUGUAUUUCAAUGAGAGAUUAUUUAAAACAUUUAUUAUAUAGUGAUAUUUGACUGCUUUUUAUUUAAAGGAGAAUUAGAAAAAACAUAGUACUGAUUCAAAAAGAUGUUGAUAUUAAAAUAUAUUUUAAUAAAAUUAAAAUUAUAUGCACUGCUUAGACCAAUUGAACUUAAAUUGGCCAAAAUUUACACUUCCUUACAUGUAAUUCAUUGAGUCAAAUAUGUAUUAGUUAUAUUGGGAGGUGGAAGUUACAGUAUACAUCGCCUGUCAUUUUCUACUAGUUUCUGUUAUUGUGAUGUAAAAUGUUUAGAAUAAGGAAGUGGAAGGCCUCCUUCCUUAAAGGGGAAGGAGUUUGUACAAAUAGGUGCAUUUUUUAUUGUACACUGCAACCAGUCUUCAGGUUACUUUCUACAAAUAAAGCAUAACACUGUUUGAUGCCUUAUUACUGGGAAAUAAUCUAAGUGAUCCAGCAUUUAGUUUAAUUAAAUUUUGUGAUGGGUAUAGGUGAAAUCUAUUGUAUUUUUUUUCUGUAACAUUACCUGCUAAUCUGAAUAGAACAAUUAUGAAUAUAUGUGCAUAUUUGUAUAGGAACAUGUGGAUUUCCCAGUAAUUAAUUUCUACACACAAACUAGCCUUUUCGGACUGCUUUAUUUUGCAAAGAAACUAGGAAUUGAUUUUACAUGUUUUAUAAAGCAUCUUUUCAGUGUGCUCAACUUACACAUCUCAAAUUUGUGUCCAACCUGUGCGCCUUCCCACAUGAAAAUGAUGCAAUUGUAAAUUUGGAUUUAAACUGUAUAUAAAAGAAAUAUAUUUACUUUCAUUUAUUUGAGUGGAAUGUGUGCAUAUUUAGGUUUUAGUGUGCAUAAUUUGUGGUAUCUUUGCAGAUUUUAUAAAAAUACAAAACCA